UGAGUAAGCGGAGAAAUGGUUAAUGAUAAAGAUAAUGUUAAAUGAGGUUUCUAGUAAUCUUUUUUUAUGAAAUAAGUCACGUUUGACCAUGGUACAGAACGAAAAACACAUCUCUCUACAUAUCCCUUGUGAAAGACAAUGACGUCACGUCAAAUUCUGUCGAACAUAAUACACAUUAUGUAAAGGUGUUUCCCAAAUUCCUAUUAUUUUGCGGCUCUUCUAAAACCUCCACAGUUCCCGCUUAAUCAAAAAAUAGCGCCUCACACCGGACAUAAAAUUAAAACUGAUUAAAAACUCACACCGAUCGCAACCGCAAUCCGCGUUCCGCACAAACCGCAACUUCCCUUCUAUGAAUCAAUUUUUGCAUCACUCUUUGAACAGACAACGAUCACCCAAAUAACCCACCGACAACCAGGGUUCAAAGCGGUUCAUACCGUGCUUGACACCGCUACCGGAUUUCCCAUAUUCACCGCUUGUACGUCACGCCAGGCAUAACCUAUUCCAAACGCAAAUGACGUUGGCAUCCUUGACAUUCCGUGACACAUAACCUCAAAGACGCAACAUGUGGACGCUAAAAAACAACUAACAAGCCGUUUUUGGAACAUUACACAACGAAAUGACGAAAGGGGACCAUUUUUAUCGUGAUUGCCUCACGGAGUUUGAGGCAGUGACGAAAAAGCCGACGCAUUUCCUGCAAGCGAAUGGGGAGUUUUGUGAGCGCGUUAAAACUCAGGUGAAGGAGAUUUACGAUUUUGCGAAACGCGAAGAAACGAAGGGGUGGAAAAAUGGGGCCUUGCGCGAAUUGGUGACGCAGAAUUUUGAUUUGGAGCAGAUUUGGCAACAAAUUGAGCUGCAGAAUGAGUCUUUGUUGACUUCAGCGUUAAUUAGCGUUAGCAAAUUGGUCGUGAAUAAGUCGGGGCUCACGUUUGGGGUUGAUCAUAAAUCUGAAUCCAGUGACUAUGAUAAUUCCGAAGACAACUCUAGUGCAGACAAGAGUGACAAUGAAAGUGUGCGUAGUGACACCAAUGAAGAAGAAGAAGAAGAAGAAAACGCCCCCUUGAUUGGGAGCCCCAAACCCGCCAAAACCUCCGUUGUAGACGACGACUUUUUCAACUUAAACGAAAUGGAAAAAUUUCUGGAGGCAGAAGAGAAAAAACUGUCUAAAUCACAAAGUGAUGAUGACGACGAUGAAUCCGAGUCUGAAGCAAGUAUAGACUUAUUUGAAGGUAGUGACAGUGAAGAUGAUGCCAAACAAGCCAAAUACAAAGAUUUUUUUGUGGCUCAAGACCCCGUAAAGUCCUCCCAUGAAUUAAAACAAACCAGACUUAAUAAAAAAAUUGAGGAGAUUGAAGAAAAAGCGGUUGAAGAAAAAUCGUGGCAGUUGAAAGGAGAAGUCACGGGGGAGAGUCGCCCCCAGAACUCUCUUCUUGAAGAAAUAGUAGAGUUUGAUUUAACUAGUAGACCGGCUCCUGUUAUCACUGAACAGACUACAAUGCAACUGGAAGAUAUAAUUAAACAAAGAAUUAAAGACAAAGUGUUUGAUAGUGUGGAACGGAAAGCUAAACCUGUGGAGACCCCUCUAGAAUAUAAAAAGAAGCUCGUUUUGGAGCAGGAGAAAAGUAAAGAGUCGUUGGCUCAAAUCUAUGAGAAGGAAUUUCUACAACAACAGGCGUCACUAGCUGGUGAUACCCCAGAAGAAAAGGAGCCAGAGCUUCACACAGAGAUUAAUUCUUUGAUGAAAGAUUUAUUUACGAAGAUGGACGCUCUAUCUAAUUUCCAUUUCACUCCAAAACCUGCAGUACCUGAACUCAAAAUUAUUAGUAAUCUUCCGGCUAUUAGUAUGGAGGAAGUCGCUCCUGUUGUGGUCAGCGAUGCGACGUUAUUAGCCCCCGAAGAAAUUAAAAACAAAACUAAAGGCGACAUUGUGGGUAAGAACGAACGUACAACUACUGAUAAAAAACGGGAAAGGAGGAAAAAGAAGCUGAAACAGAAAAUACACGCUAAAGAGAGGGAGAAGAGAGGACAGCUAAAUAAAACUGGAGUUAAUAGGAAGAGCAAGAAAGACAAAACUAAUAACGAAACUUCUUCAGAUGCUGGAGCUCUUAAAUCAUCAAAGACGUUUUUCACGCAGUUGGAAGAACAAGUAAAAACGCAGAUAAAGAGGAAGACUGUGGAUGAAGUGGGGAAAAAGGAUGCACGCGUGGUCAGUGCCAAACGACUAAAAUUGUAAAUACAUUUAGGUUUGAAGUCUCGAAAUUUUGAGGUUAUGUUCACUAAUUUUAAUUGUUUUUAGCAAAUACGUAAAAAAUUAAGUAAAAUUGUAAAUAAAUUGUU